UCACAGCCACGGCAAUCCGCCCAUCUCACAGAAGAUCCUACAGAGAGAUGGAGAGAGCGGUCGAUAGACAGAGAGUCCUGCUUCAACAUUUACUGCCCUCUUCUUCAUCUGGGUCUCCUUCUCACGCCCCACGAUCGGCCGGUGUUUCCGCCUCGGCAUGUGCUGCUGGGGACCUCGCAGCCUACCAUAGGACAGCAAGUUUUGGCGAUGAUGUGGUGAUUGUGGCCGCGUAUCGCACGGCCAUUUGCAAGUCCAAGCGCGGGGGUUUCAAGGACACCCUUCCCGAGGAUCUGCUCGCCCCUGUUCUGAGGGCUUUAGUGGAAAAGACCAACUUGAAUCCUGCAGAGGUCGGGGAUAUAGUCGUUGGCACGGUCUUAGCUCCUGGAUCGCAAAGGGGAAUUGAGUGCAGGAUGGCAGCAUUCUAUGCCGGUUUCCCCGAUACUGUGCCACUCCGAACUGUCAACAGGCAAUGCUCCUCUGGCCUGCAGGCGGUUGCUGAUGUUGCUGCUUCCAUUAAAGCUGGUUUUUAUGACAUUGGAAUUGGGGCUGGAUUGGAGUCGAUGACUGUAGACCAAGUUCGCGGAGUUCCUAAAGUCAACCCAAGAGUACACAGCUUUGCACAAGCGCGGGAUUGUCUUCUUCCAAUGGGGAUCACUUCUGAAAAUGUGGCCCAGCGUUUCGGCGUGACCAGACAAGAGCAAGACCAGGCUGCUGUUGAAUCUCAUAGGCGAGCUUAUGCUGCCACGCAAUCAGGGAAAUUCAAAGACGAGAUCAUUCCUGUAUCUACAAAGAUUGUUGAUCCAAAAACUGGAGAGGAGAAGCCAGUCACGAUUUCCAUUGACGACGGUAUCCGACCAAACACGAAUAUGAAUGACUUAGCAAAGCUGAAGCCCGCCUUCAAAAAGGAUGGGGCAACAACAGCUGGGAAUGCUAGUCAAGUGAGUGAUGGAGCUGCGGCUGUACUGCUAAUGAAGAGAAUUUUGGCUGUGCAGAAGGGGUUGCCCAUUCUUGGUGUUUUCAGGAGUUUUGCGGCUGUUGGUGUGGAUCCUGCUGUCAUGGGAAUUGGUCCUGCUGUUGCCAUUCCUGCUGCAGUAAAGUCUGCCGGGCUCGCGCUCGAUGAUAUUGACCUUCUUGAAAUAAAUGAGGCAUUUGCAUCUCAGUACGUGUAUUGUUGUAAAAAAUUGGAGCUUGAUCCAGAAAAAGUCAAUGUUAAUGGGGGUGCCAUAGCUUUUGGGCAUCCUUUGGGCGCUACAGGUGCACGAUGUGUAGCGACUCUUUUGAAUGAGAUGAAGCGUCGGGGUAGAGACUGCCGCUUUGGAGUAAUAUCAAUGUGCAUAGGUUCAGGUAUGGGUGCAGCGGCAGUUUUCGAGAGAGGGGACUGUGUCGACGAACUAUCCAAUGCUCGAACUGUCGAGAUAAACAACCUCCUGUCUAGGGAUGCUCAGUAGAUGCGAGUGGGUUUAUUAUCUAUGAGUUUGAGAUUGGUGAGGUGUCAGUCUUUUCAAUUUCAAACGCAAUAAGACCCCAAUAAAUGGCGCGAACCUAGAUCUGCGCCACAUUUUGGCGAUAAAUGUACAUCUGAUUUGCUAGUGACUGUACAAUGUCAUCCUCCAGGCUGUCGCUAUCAACUUUGAUAUGGCGGCAUGAAAUGUAUUGUUCUCGGACACUUAACGCAUCUACCGAGUCUACUUUCAUA